AUGGAAAUACCGUCUGAGGAAAUCACACUUGUUGACAAAGAGCAAGCCAUUCUCUCUCAAAUAUCUCCUUUUUUCCAAGUAUCAGAAACCAAGUACGGCGGGAAAGGCUGUUUCAGUUAUGAGUCUAUCCCGAGAGGCACGGAUAUCCUAGUUUCAAAACCUCUUGGAUUCACCAUUUCCAAGGACUUUAAGAAAGAGGUGUGCCAUAAAUGCUUUAACUACGAUAACGGAAAAACCAUGAAGUUCCGGUUGUCGCUUCCCACUUUUAAGAAUCAGUCGAUUUGUUUCUGUAGUGAAAAAUGCCUUUCCGCCUUCAAGCUGAUGAAAUACUAUGAGGUUUAUCUAAGGAGUUUGUUGAACUUGGACAAACUAUAUACGACUUUCUGCACCGAAGAGAUGGCUGAAGUGCCUGUAGCAGGUGUAUCUGAAUUCAUACAUACGAUAAAGGGCAAAUGGGAACAAGUUGAACAAUGGGAUGCACUGGUUCUAAAAACGAAACCUACCAAAUGGCAAAAGCUCAUCCCCAAAAUUACCGAAACGGAGUACUUGGAAAUCAAGUAUGUUUUGGGGGUUCUCCAUAAUCAAACAGAUGCGUUUGUAUUUGAGUCUCGUUUAUUCGAUCUCUUGCAAUCAAAUGAGAUCCUGAAAGUGUUGAAGUUCAAGAACUUGCUAGUGUCUUAUAUCACCAUAUUUAAGUUCAUCCGGUUGACCAGUCCACCUCAAUUUCAGAAGUUCAUAAAUCCACUUGACAUCCGGUUGAUUAUUGGAAACAAUCUCACCAAUGCUUUCGGGAUCUGGACACUAAAUGAAGGUGACAAGGACUUCCUUGGGUUUGGGGUGUACCCAUCUGGUUCAUUUUUCAACCAUUCUUGUACUCCCAAUAUCAUCAAGAGGAGAAUUAACAACGAAUUACACUUUCUUACGCUUGCAGAUAUCCAGAAAAAUGACGAAUUGUGCAUUGACUACGGGAACUAUUUAGAGGAACCAGUCAAUAUCCGAAGAAAGGAGUUGAGUGAGUGGUUUUUCAUCUGUACCUGCAAAAGAUGUGAGAUGGAAGCUCAAACUUAGGUGAAAAACUUUUUGAACUCUUCACAGUCUUGAGUUUCCUUGAACUUGGGCUGUUGACAUUUAUCCCAAUACAAACGCUUGGGACUCCUUAUAAUAUAUGACAAUACUCUUCUAGGGAACUGUAGAUCGAUGAUUUUACUGUCAUCUUCGAUAGUACUUUGGUACACCACCGGAACCUCAUCCUUGUAUACUUUGAAGCUGAUGUACUGUGAAUCUACGUCCACUGCAUCGACAUUCUUGAACUCCAAUUUGUGGUUUUUGUUAUAUUUCUCGUUGUUGGUUUGAGCCUUCUCCUCCAACACCUUGGAGAAUUUAUCCUCUUCAAGGAACUUAUUAUGUAUGGGCAAAAAUUGCCUAUGAUAAUGAACGUUCUUCUCAAGGUUCAAAUCAAAAACCACUAGCACAAAGUCAGGAUAGUUUUGUUUGAACUUGUGGAAUAGUUUGACUUCGAAUUCGUUCAUCUCAGCAUCAACUUCCUUGGUGUUUUUUGACAUAUGGUCCACAGGAGUGAUGAUUCCGUGGCCCGAAAAUGGCAUAGAGGCAUUCGACCGUGUCAAUGGCCCCUUGGCAACUGUCAUAUACACUAGUUGUCCGAUGGUGAUGAUCAUGUGGGUUUCAACAUUGGGAUUGGAUAGACAAAAGAAGCAGUUCUGCGGUGAGACCUUUGCUCUUUUUGGUAAAGACUCGCUGUUUUCGCCUUGGUCAACUCUUCUUUUGACCAGAAGAGUCUCAAUAAAUGGGUUAUCCAUGAGAUCUUGUGACGCCACUUCUGUGGGUACUAAUGGGAAGUUGAACCCAUAAAACCAUUUACCUUCACCUUCUUUACUCAAGCUGACAAAACGGCUCACUGCUCCACUUUCCCACCUGAACGGGCCGUAUUCAUGGAAUUCUCCACUUGCAAAUAUGUACCGGGGUCUGAAUCUGGUAAUUAAAUUAUCAAUAGUAAAAUCUAUGCUCACGGUGUCUUUCUUUAUUAAAUUGGACAACUUAGAAGGCCACUGUUUAAGGAUAAGAAUAUCAAUUUUCCCAUUGAAUGACACUUCCACAUUAUCCAUAAAUGCAAUGGUAACACCGGAGUUCAAUUUGAGAAUCCCAUUCACUCCAAUUAAGUUUGUGUCAACACUGAUGCUUUUAUCAUCUUCGAGACUUGGGUAGUAAGAUGGAACAUCAAGCUUUUCGACUGGAUUGUCUAGCUUGUCCAAGAGAAUUACCAGCUCAAACUCGUUCUUCUUAUGUUGUAUAUUAGCCUUCUUGAUAAUCUCAUCUGAUUUUGUGGACGGGUUUAAUACUAGAAACUUAAACAUUAGUGAUACCAAGCUUA